UCGUUUUUGCGGAGGAUGUAACCUCGGAUCAUCCUCAGCAGCGUCACGGGCAGCGCCUUCCUCGGAUGUAAACACUCCAACUGAUAUGGCCGACCCGAACCUCCUGGACAUAGUUGGUAUUUCCGAAAUUGGGGUAUGUGCUCAUGAUCCGGAGUAUGUCCGUCUACGAAGACUUGAAGAGUAUCUUCUCUUAAGAAAGAAGCAGAUCCUGCUUACUCUCCCGAGCCCAAGGCGCUGGUGGGUAAGGCCCAUCUGGCAAAACCGCAGGAGAGAGUCGGAGUUCCACACAUCGAUGCCUUUGCUUAUAAGUGGGGACACGGAGUACUUCCAGAAGUACUAUAAGAUGAGACCUGAAAAAUUUGAAGAGCUCCAUUCCCUGGUCGAAACACCACUCACAAGAGCUUACCUCACGCGGGAGCCGCUAUUAUCGCGGGCUAGACUUGCCAUGACACUCAGGUACUUAUCGUCUGGAAUGCAGAUACAGGACAUUGCUCUGGCCUUUAGAGUCGGAAUCUCGACAGCGUCGGGUGUCAUUCACUCCACCUGCAAGAUUCUCUGGACAGCUCUCCAACCCCUUUGUCUAAAGUAUUGA